GCUAUAGAGCACUACAAGAGAGCACUACAAGGGAACUACAAAUUAAAAAGAUUGGUUUAAAUAAUAUUUCAUCUAAAUCAUCAUUCUUCCUAUUAAUAUUAUGCCUCGAGUGAGAAAAUGCAUUGAAUGAUUGUUGAAGACAAUAUCCUGCACACUAUAUCGGGGCAUCUGUUUGUUUCCCGAAACAUUAUCCGAAAUUACUGAGAAGUGAAGAAUAAAGGAGAAGUAGAGAAAAGAGAUAAUAUUUCGAAAUAACAUACGAAUUAGUAUUUUCAAUCCAACAUGGUAAAUCCGUCGGAAUAUAGCCGGAAUAUGAACAUAUCACGUACUUUCGUACGGCGCUUAAUUGACGAGUUUGAAGAAGAAAUAAAAUGUAUGUCGGGAAAGUGUAUGGAUAUUGGUUGUGGUCCCGGUGACAUUACAAAAGAUAUUCUCCUACCCGCACUCGACGCAAAAGCGGUAAUAACUGGUACGGAUAUCUCGGAGAGUAUGAUUACACACGCCAAGAAAGUAUACGGUGACGAGAUACGACUCAAUUUCGACAUACUUGAUAUUGAAACAAAAGAGCUGCCAAAAAAAUAUAUUUCUCAGUACAAUCACGCAUUCACAUUUCAUGUUUUGCAUUGGUGCCAAGAUAUUCGACAAGCAAUUGAGAAUAUCUAUCAGUUACUUCGAACUGGCGGAACUGUAUUAGCACUAACAGUCGCGUCCCACGACGUAUUUGAUAUUCUACACAAAUUGUCGCAAGAUGUACGCUACAAGUCAUAUAUAAAGCAUAUAAAUCAUUUCAUUCCGUCGUUUUACAACUCUCUUCAACCACAGAAAGAAUUAAAAACAUUGCUCAAAAGUAUUGGCUUUAAUGUACUUCACUGCAGCCAUCGUGAAAGGACAUUACUCGCUGAAGAUAUUCACCAAUUCUCACCUAUGAUACUAUCUUUCGUGACACAAUAUUUGGAAAACAUGCCCCACGAGCGAAUGAAACAAUUCAAAAACGACUUUUCACAGGAAUAUACAAGAAGAAGAUUUGUCUAUAAAUGUACGCGCGGACGAAAUGAAAGGAUUAUAUCAGAUUUACAUGAAAUAUUAGUUUUUUAUGCACAAAAAGAGUAAUGAUAUAUGCUGGUAAAAAAUAUGCGUUUAUAUGCGAUCAUGCAGUGUUGUUGAUGUUCGUUUUGUAUCAACAUAAAGUACAUUUUAUUUACUUUUUACCAUUAUUAGAACACUACAAGCGCACGCUACACGCGCACCAUUUUAGCUUAUUCAUAUUAAAGUUCAGAAUAAAUAUUAUAAAUCAAAAAUAAUCCCUGGAGUAUAAUAAAAGUUCGAUAAUAUCCGACUCCAACAUAUGAUGUAUUAGUCGCAUACAGUUUGAUAUUCCAUAACACAUAUUUUCUAGAUAGUAACGCGUAACCGUAUAACCAAUGAAAAUUUCGACGUUCGACAUUUCUAUUCAAGUUCAUCUUAAGUUCUACCUCUCCCCCUUUCACUCUCUCUCCUUCCCACUCUGUCUUCCUCAGUCUCUCCCUCUCUCCCU